AUGAAUUAUAUUUAUUCUUUUCCUGUUGAGGAAUAACUUAAAUAUAUCCAAGGUACAAUCUGCAUUUUUUUAGAAUGAGGAUAACCAUAUAAAUGUGAGUUCUUUCAUCCAGGAUAUACUUGUGAAACUCAGCUACUUCAUAUGUAAAAUCGUUUAUUAUUAUAUUUAGGUUUCCGGUCUUAUUUUAUGAAAGUUCUAAAGUUUAUCUUCCAGUGCAUUUGUUACCCCUAUUGAUUUACAAGAGAAAAGCAUUUGUCCAGAAGUAUAAAUUCCAAUUAUUAAAAAUAAGUCCAAUAAGGACAACAGCAAGGACAUUGUUAUCUUUUUUAAAAAGUGUGUUAUUUGUAACUUUCAUGGUUGAAAUUUUCAGAUAUAAUUGCUGUAAAUAAAUAAGAUUUCGUAACAUUGUUGAUUCAUUUACUCCAAUACCUGGAGGUUUUAUAGGAGGAUUAUUUUUAUAUUUAGAAUCAGAGAAUAGGUAAAACAGUCUAUUAAAAUUAUAGAGCUUAAGAAAUCAUGUUAAAUGUAGUUCCUCGUUAUUUUGAAACAAUCUUUAACUUAUUAAAGAGGAAAGGAUGGUUAAAGAAUAUACCAAAAGGAGAUGUUUUGGUAUUUGCAAUAAUAUUAGCAAUAAUUCAUUAUUAUUAUUAACAUGAUGUAAAAAUUAAAUGUCUAUAAUUAUUAGCAAAAUGCUUUAAAAACAACAUAUAGAGGAGUGUUUUCUAAAUUUUGGGGAAAGAAUUGA